CCGGUCUUUACUUUGGACUUACUCUGCCUGCACUCGGUCGGACCUGGAGUCAGACUCUCGUUGCUGUUUUCACAUUCAUUGAUUCCAUUCAUUCUCUCUUUUUUUUCCUAGUUACUCUCGAACCUCUGGCAGGAAAAUGAAGUAUAUUCCUCUCAUCGUUGCAGUCGCCGCGAGCCUGGCGCGCCCAGCCACUGCCCACUAUAUCUUUAGCAAGCUCGUUCUGAAUGGAGAGGAAUCUGAGGACUGGCAGUACAUCCGCGAGACUGCUCGCAGUCAAUGCUAUAUGCCGACCAAGUACACCUCUACUUUCGACAACCUGACCCCAAGCGACAGUGACUUCCGCUGCAAUCUCGGCUCAUUCAGCAAUGCCGCAAAGACCGAGGUCGCUGAAGUCGCCGCGGGCGAUACCAUCGCAAUGAAGCUCUUCUACGACGGCACUAUUGCGCACCCCGGCCCUGGCCAAGUGUAUAUGUCCAAGGCACCAACGGGCAAUGUUCAAGAAUACGAAGGGGACGGUGAUUGGUUCAAAAUCUGGGAAAAGACCCUUUGCAACACGGAUGGUGAUUUGAUCACGGACGCCUGGUGCGCCUAUGGAAUGUCACAAUUCGAAUUCCAGAUUCCUGCCUCGACGCCGGCGGGCGAGUACCUGGUCCGCGCCGAGCAUGUGGGCUUGCAUGGCGCUCAGUCCAACGAAGCCGAAUUCUUCUACAGCUGUGCGCAGAUCAAGGUUACAGGGUCGGGAACAGGAUCUCCAAGUCUCACCUAUCAAAUCCCUGGUCUCUACAACGACAGUAUGACCCUGUUCAACGGCCUCAAUCUUUGGACCGAUUCAGUCGAGAAGGUGCAGCUGGAUAUCCUGGAGACGCCAAUUGGAGAUGACGUGUGGAAAGGAGCCGGCUCGGCGAGCUCAUCUGUUGCCUCCUCAACCAGUAGUGCAUAUGUCGCAGCUCAGGGUACAACUACCGCUGCCCCGCACGUCCAGGUUCAGACCACCAUCAGCGGCACCACCACCCCUCUGAAAACAGCCAGCUCAACCAUUCGCACCUCGCAGUAUGGUCAGUGCGGAGGCCUCAACUGGUCCGGCCCAACCGAGUGUGAGACGCCUUAUACCUGUGUGCAGCAGAACCCUUACUACCAUCAAUGCCUGAACUUGAGCUGAUGGAACGGAGACUUUGUGUAGAAGGAAUGUUCUCACGGGAGCAGUUCGUCUUGCGCAGCAAAGUUCAUGCCUGUACAUCGAUGUUAUUCGAUGUACUUAGUCUUGAUUUCUUCAUGUAUGACGGCUAUUGCAAACUCCGUCUUGAUUAGUUCGGGUGUACCCUAAUCCUUGUUGUGACUGAAAUUAGGAGGAUCGCAAACGGGAUCAUAGGCUGGAAAUACAUUACGCAAUUGCCCGGGAUUUC